UCUUGGUGGAAAGUCAAAGAUCUUAUGGAGCCAGGAGCUAUACUAUUAGCAUCUUGAGAAAGUGAGUAAAUAUUCUCCCAAAAGUCCAUCUUCAAUUUUAGACAACAAGGCUGAAAGUGACGAGGCCCUUCUACCAACACUCUUGAAAAUGUUUGGAGAGUACUCGAGUAAAUAUUGUUUUCAUAAGCAUAAAGACAAAUUAGAUCAAUUUUUAGUGAUGUAUUCUCGCCAUCUCGAAGCAAUGGAACAAAUAUCUGAUAAAGUCUACUUGACAGAGUUCAGCGACCCUAUCGAUAUGUUCGAAAGUCCCUUCAAGAAAUAGAAGAACUACAAAAACAGAAUGAUAUGAAAGAUGUGCUGAUAGAAGCUCUCGGAGUGAGACUGAAGAUAACCUGCGUUUGAUGGCAAGAGAGAAGUAUGCCAAAGAACAAAUCGAGAGACUUAAUAAAGCUCUUAGGAAGAGAAAUACGCCUAUAGAUGAAUUUAAGAACAGCCUUAAGACUUUAUUGAUAUGCCCUAUCUCAUUAGAGCUUAUAAAAGAUCCAGUAGUGGCAACAACCGGGAUAACUUACGAGAAGUCCAAUAUUUCUCAAUGGAUCGAGAGGCAUGGGAAAGAUCUCAUAUCUAAAAAAGCAAUCUGUGAAGAUGACUUAGUGCCAGAUAUUGCAGUCAGAAAUAUCAUUGAAGCGGUAGAAAACAUUGACUAAAAGCUGAUCAACCCCCUUCAUAAUUCUUUAAAUCCUCUCAUAAAAUUAGUA